AUGAAUCAGGAUCAUCACAAUAUAAACACGGGUGGUGGCCAGCCACCAGGCAAUUCUGAGCCUCAAACUCAAAGAGUUCAAUCAUCGCAGCAGCAACAGCAACAGCAAACACAAAGUAACAGUUUAACUCCCACAACAUCUGCCACUGAUUUACGGGUCAAUUCGGCGGCAGUUAACGUUGCUUUGUCAAGCGUAGCUAAAUAUUGGGUGUUUACUAAUUUGUUUCCGGGUCCAAUACCUCAGGUGUCUGUGUAUGGCGUGCCCACUGGUGCAAGAAUUGAAAAUGGAAAACCUGUACAGGAUCUAGGUCAAGCGCAUGCUAGUAUCUUGAAUGGUGAUCCUAGUAUUAUACUAGGUCAUGCAGGACAACCCCAGGUCACAGUUUCCGCUGCGGGACAACAGAUUCCCGUCUCCCAGAUAAUCGCAACUCAAUCAACGCAAGGACAUGAGUCGCUGGUCGGUCACGGGUCUGGUGAAUCGGGCGGUUCGCUGGCAACACCCUCGCAGGUACCCAAUCGGGUCGAGUUUGUACAACAUAACGUUGACAUGGGUCAUCACUCGCAGCAGCAUUUGAUGCAACAACAGCUAGCUAUGGCGAGACCCGAUCACGCCAAUCAACAGGUUAGCGAGAUCCAACUGACAGUGAGUGAAGAUGGGAUAGUAACAGUUGUGGAGCCAGGUGGAAACAAACUGGUUGAAAAAGAAGAACUACAUGAGACUAUAAAGAUGCCCACAGAUCAUACACUCACUGUACAUCAGUUACAACAGAUUGUUGGACAUCAUCAGGUGUUAGACAGCGUGGUUCGUAUCGAACAGGCGACGGGCGAGCCGGCCAACAUACUUGUGACUCAAAACCCUGACGGUACCACCUCCAUAGAAACUAGCGCCGCGGACUCGCUGACCGUCAAGGAUGAAAAGGGAACUAAAAUGGAGCCCGCACAGUUCGCUAUACCAGCAGAAAUAAAAGACAUCAAGGGCAUUGACCUUAAGAGUGCGAUGGGUAUGGAAGGGGCUGUGGUAAAGAUAUCAACUGGCUCCGAACAACACGAUCUACACACGAUGUAUAAAGUUAAUGUUGAAGAUCUAUCACAGUUGUUAGCCUAUCAUGAGGUCUUUGGAAAAUUAAACACUGAGGCACAACCCCAGGCUAAGGUGAUAAACGAAGUAGAAGUUGAAGCCGGUACAAGUGCAACCAUGUCGGAAGCGGAGUCAUCUCCCGGCCACCAUUCAUGUGAUAUAUGCGGGAAAAUAUUCCAAUUUAGAUACCAACUUAUAGUACACAGACGGUACCACGGUGAAAACAAACCACAUACAUGUCAAGUGUGCGGGUCCGCUUUCGCUAAUCCAGUUGAACUGUCCAAACAUGGGAAAUGUCAUUUAGCGGGUGAUCCAACCGAACGCCAAGCCAAACGUCUUGCUCAGGACAAACCGUAUGCUUGUUCUACUUGCCACAAGACGUUCUCGCGUAAAGAACAUCUCGAUAACCACGUGCGAAGUCACACUGGAGAAACACCCUAUAGAUGUCAGUUCUGCGCCAAGACGUUCACUCGCAAAGAACACAUGGUGAAUCACGUCCGUAAACACACGGGCGAGACUCCGCACCGCUGUGAGAUAUGUAAGAAGAGCUUCACGAGGAAAGAGCACUUCAUGAACCACGUUAUGUGGCACACAGGUGAAACACCGCACCAUUGUCAAAUAUGCGGCAAGAAGUAUACUAGGAAGGAGCAUUUAGUGAACCAUAUGAGAUCCCAUACAAACGAUACUCCCUUCAGAUGCGAUCUAUGCGGCAAAUCAUUCACCAGAAAGGAACACUUCACCAAUCAUAUAUUGUGGCACACCGGUGAGACUCCCCACCGCUGCGACUUCUGUUCGAAGACUUUCACACGUAAGGAGCAUCUGUUGAACCACGUGCGACAACACACGGGCGAGUCUCCGCACCGCUGUAACUACUGCGCCAAGUCGUUCACAAGGCGAGAACAUCUCGUGAACCACGUGAGGCAACAUACUGGCGAGACGCCUUUCCAGUGUGGAUACUGCCCUAAGGCUUUCACUAGAAAGGAUCAUCUUGUAAACCACGUCCGGCAGCAUACUGGAGAAUCUCCACACAAAUGUUCGUUCUGCACGAAGUCUUUUACUCGCAAGGAACAUUUGACCAACCACGUGCGUCAACAUACCGGGGAAUCUCCGCAUCGGUGUAUUUAUUGCUCCAAAUCUUUCACUAGAAAAGAACAUUUAACUAAUCAUAUUAGACAACAUACGGGCGAGACUCCUCACAAGUGCACGUACUGUCCGCGUGCGUUCGCGAGGAAGGAACACCUCAACCAGCACGUGAGGCAGCACGUGGGCGACUCGCCGCACACCUGCUCCUACUGCCAGAAGACCUUCUCCAGGAAAGAACAUCUAGUGACACAUGUCCGACAACACACGGGUGAGACUCCAUUCAAAUGUACCUUCUGCGCUAAAUCGUUCAGUCGAAAAGAGCAUCUAACGAAUCACGUUCACCAACAUACCGGCGAAACGCCGCACAAAUGCCCCUUCUGUACCAAGACGUUCUCCAGAAAGGAACACUUGACUAAUCAUGUUAGAAUCCACACAGGAGAAUCUCCACAUCGAUGUGAAUUCUGUCAGAAGACAUUCACACGUAAGGAGCAUUUGACGAAUCAUCUAAAGCAACACACCGGUGAUACGCCGCACGCCUGCAAAGUGUGCUCCAAACCAUUUACAAGAAAAGAACAUCUCAUUACUCAUAUGAAGUCUCACAGCUGUGGCGAGCGACCAUAUAGUUGUGGCGAAUGCGGCAAAUCCUUCCCUCUGAAGGGCAAUCUAUUAUUCCAUGAGCGAUCUCACAACAAAAACAACGCAGCUAACAAGCCCUUCCGAUGUGAUGUGUGCUCCAAAGAGUUUAUGUGCAAAGGUCAUCUAGUAACUCAUAAAAGAACUCACGCGGAUAAUGAAACACCCGCCCCUGAAGCCGCUCCAGAAGAUGAUUGCGGAGAUUUUAACAAAUGCGAAAAAGAUGCUGAGAGACCUGAACGAAAACACGAUAUUAGGACAACCACAGAAAAUAGACCAGCAGAAACGAAUGUCACCAGCAAUCAGACAACGAAUACAGCAGUGAUGCAAAUAACUAGCCAGGAAGUUAGAACAUGCCCCACAACAAGUACGCCAUCUGUUGCCGGUACAUACACACAUACAAAUACCCAUCACAGUGGAACUAUAACACACCAUCCAGUGUCCGUGAAUUACUAG